UCGGGGCGGGGCGGAGUCGGGGCGGGGCGGAGUGGCUGCGGCCGCACCGCCCCGCACCGCAGGAAGCACCGCCCGUGCGCCUUCCUCCUUCUCUUCCUCCUCCGCCUCCGCCCGCCUCCCGCGGUGGUGGCGCGGCCAUGCAGCAGUACUUUUCUCUGGCCGACUGCGAGGUGAUGGGCUUCGAUCUGGAUCACACGCUGUGCCGUUACCACCUCCCGCAGAGCGCGACGCUAAUAUAUGAUAGUUUUGCUCAGUAUCUGGUAACGGAGAAGGGUUACGACAAAGACUUGCUGACUCUAAAUCCAGAAAGCUUAGACUUCUGUUGUAAAGGCUUGGCAUUGGACUUUGAAGAUGGAAACUUCCUGAAGCUCGCGGAAGACGGAACAGUUUUGAGGGCAAGCCAUGGCACUAGGAGUAUGACAUCUGAAGAGAUCCUGGAGAUUUAUGGAAGGAGGGAAUGGAAGCAUUUUAGUACAGUCAGUGGAAUGCUUUCCCGCUCAGCCAAAUACUAUCUGUAUGAUAAUUAUUUUGAUCUACCAGGAGCCCUCUUGUGUGCAAGGGUUGUGGACAGUUUAGAUCAGCAUGAUGGUCAGAAAAAAUAUGACUUCUGGAAGGACAUGGUGGCUGCUAUCCAGCAUAAUUAUAAAAUAUCAGCUUUUAAAGAGGACUGUGGGACAUAUUUCCCAGAAGUGAAAAAUCAUCCAGAAAAAUACUUACGAAGAUGUCCCAAUUCUGUAAAAAAGUGGCUGAAACAACUGAAGAGUGCUGGGAAGAUUCUGCUAUUAAUUACCAGUUCUCACAGUGACUAUUGCAGGCUCCUGUGUGAAUAUAUUCUUGGAAAUGAUUUUGAAGAAUAUUUUGAUGUUGUGAUCACAAAUGCUUUGAAACCUGGCUUUUUCUCCCAUACUCCAAACCAAAGACCUUUCCGAACUCUUGAAAAUGAUGAAGAGCAAGAGGCUCUGUUAUCACUGGACAAGCCCGGCUGGUAUUCCCAAGGUAAUGCUAUCCAUCUUUAUGAACUACUGAAGAAGAUGACUGGAAAGUUGGACCCCAAGGUUGUUUAUUUUGGUGACAGCAUGCACUCAGAUAUUUUCCCAGCUCGUCACUAUAGCAACUGGGAAACUGUCUUCAUCUUGGAGGAGCUUCUAGGGGACAAAGUUAUGGUGCCUACAGAGACUGAAUCUGAGCCCUUGGAGAAGAAAGGAAAAUAUGAGGGAUAUCAGCCCAAAAUUCCCUACUCUGUAUCUGAGCAGUGGGGUUCUUUCUUCGUGGACAGACUACCAGGUCUGGAAAAUGCAGAGGAAACUUUAGUUCGUACAUGGUCCUGUAAAUGCAUUAGUACUUACAGCACUAUUGCAAUCCCUAGUCUUGAAGCAAUUGCAGAUUUACCGCUGGAUUAUAGAUUUACACGAUUUUCCUCAAAUAGCUCGGCAACUGCUGGGUACUACCCAAGCCCUCCAAGAGCAUUGCUGCCAAGUGAGGAAUCAGUGACUAUGAAAUAGGUUUUUGGCUUUUCCUUCAAUAACCCUGUGAUCCUUUCUUAACUGCUGUUAAAUGCUAAUUGGUGAAAAUGCUGUUUGAUGCUUCAUAAAAUAGAAUGAUGAAUUAAAGCAGACUCCUGUGUAGAUUUAUUUCCCUUGUUUCUCUAGUCCAGAUGGGACAGGUGAGCAUUGCAUAGUUUGUAAAUCUCCUUAUCAGGACUACAUUUCACACAGUAACUGGCUUUUUCCGUGCACUGCCCAGAUACUUUAAGAGAAAUGUACUGUUAACAAUUCAUCUCAACUUACAUAGUAAAUUUUCGAGGACAUUUUCAGUACUAUCUCUGCUUAUGGUGGUGCCUUUGCUGCUGCAAAACCCAGGAAAGACAUGAAAGACUCAGCCUACUCCAUUAAGAGUUACCUUGGCAGCUCAAGUUACAACAGGAGAUCAGUGUUCUGCAAGCCAUGAGGAAGUUAUUCUUUUGCUGUCUAAACAAAGCAGAGAGCAAUUGUUCUUGGAGAAAUGGAAAUACUGAGGCACAAAGAGAAAGAUACAUCAUAGCCAAAAAGAGACGUGAACAAAAUUUAGUCAGCAAAACACAGAAUUAUAGUCCUGGGAGCCUUGGCUACAUGCUUUUUAUUCCUGCAAGUGUCCAACCAAUGGUGAAAUUCUCAGAAUGGAUUUGACUUCUGCUAUUCCUGACACGUCUGUAUUACAGUUUCACUGAUUACAAUAUUUUGUCUCAGAAGCAGAGGCAAACGCCAUUCCACCUCAUUUCAGAAAUAACAGUCUUUGUUUCAUGCUUUUUCCUACCUUUAUUUUAUUUAUGUAGGUGACCACUUUGAGGUGGUUUUCUUGGUUUUGUUCCGUGUUGUUCUUAAAGAAAAUUAAAAUAUAAUGCCUAAUGAAAAUGAAGUCUUCUAAGACCCUGGUUCCUGGUAUCAGCAUGUUUUUUUUUUUAAUGGAAAGGUGACAAAUUCUAAGAAUGGCCUGAACACAAAUGCUACUGGAAGUGUGACUCCCCAUGUCUGUGGCUGCAUGAAGAUAUUGGAAAAAUAGUUGAAGCAUUUGCAGGAUAAUUAAAAACAGAGUUCCCGUGAAAUCAGUACAUAAAGACCCUCAUAAUGACUAUUCUUAUUAAAGAACCUCUGAAGAUAUUACAAGUCUUAUUACAAAGCCCUCCAAAAUGAAAUGGAACAUUUAGUUAAGGUUGAAUGGUUUCAUAAUCUCAGACAAUUGUUCUUACCUUCCCAAAAAGAUCUGUUGUCCUAGUGUAUUUUGAUUUGACCACCAGCCUGAGGAUUCACCAUGUGGUCAGCAUUGCUGAGAGAGGCUGCUGGAGUGAAGGUUGGCAAUGGAGGACCUUUGGGAGGUGGACAGGAUGGCCCUUGGAAAUGGAGAUGUCAUGGGGAUGAGGGAGAAGAAAUGCGGAUGGAAGAAAAUUUAUGGGGCUAGCCCCUAUUGAACAAGGCACUGUAAAGACACGAUCUUUGUUGUGUUUUUUUUCUCCCUGAUUAUUUGAACUUUUGGAAAUCUCAGAUAUUUCUUGGAUUUCUUGGACCACUGACAGAAAGGUCACUGAAAUGCCUGCAAAAUUAAUGUUUAGAAAGAUCUUCAGUGUGGGAGACAAAGGGACAUGGCCAACCUCUUUUCAUCAGUCUGCAGGGACAGGACAAGGGAAAAUGGCCAUAAACUGGAGCAUAGGAAGUUCCGCACCAAUAUGCGAAAGAACUUCUUAAUGGUGAGGGUGACAGAGCAUUCGAACAGGCUGCCCAAAGAGGUUGUAGAGUUCUCCUUCUCUGGAGAUAUUCAAGACCCAUCUGGACACAUACCUAUGCAACCCAGUCUAGGGAGCCUGCUUUGGCAAGGAGGUUGAACUUGAUAAUCUCUGGCAUUCCCUUCCAACCCCUACAAUUCUGUGAUUCCGUGAUCUCUGAAAACUAUCUUAAGUAUCCGCAGGGAGACAUAAAGAAAAGAGUCACUAAAAUCAACAUGUCUGUUUACAUAGUCCUGAAAGCCGCAGUUUGGCAUAAAACUUGACCGACAAGUCUC